AUGUCCGAAGAACUUGAUGCUGUCAUUGUGGGAGCGGGCUUUGCUGGCAUCAACCAAUUGCAUGCCCUUCGCGCCAUUGGUCUGAGAUGCCUGGUCAUCGACCAGAACGACGAUGUAGGAGGAACAUGGUACUCAAACCUAUAUCCUGGAGCCAUGUCCGAUACUGAAAGCUACGUCUACCGCUUCUCCUGGGACAAGGAGGACCUCAUGCAAUAUCCUUUCAAGGAACACUACGUUAAGCAACCUGAAGUGCUUGCCUACCUCCAACAUGUGGUCGAACGACACGAUCUGCGGAAGCACAUGCGGUUCAACACCCAAAUGCUAUCGGCGAAUUGGAACGAUUCAAUUGGCGCAUGGCAGCUUACUGUUACUGGUGACAGGGUGCUAACGGCAAAGUAUCUAAUCACUGGAUUAGGUCUGCUAUCAGCUGUCAAUUCACCGGACUUUCCAGGCUUAGAGACAUUCCAAGGUGACGUUCAUCACACCGCUAAAUGGCCGAAAAACUACAAUAUUGACGGUAAGAGGGUUGGUGUGAUCGGAUGCGGCUCGACCGGAGUCCAGGUCAUCACCGAGAUUGGGCGGAAAGUGAAGACGUUGACCUGCUUCCAACGCCACCCGCAGUACAGCGUCCCGUCAGGUGAUCGGAAAGUCACACCAGAGUAUCGUCAGUGGAUCAACGAUAAUUGGGACGCCAUAUUCGACCAGGUAAGGAAUUCGAUCACGGGGUUCGGGUUCAAAGAGAGCACCACCUCCUACCACGACGUCAGUGCCGAAGAUCGUGAGCGCAUCUUCGAGGAGAACUGGCAGAAAGGUAACGGCUUCCGCUUCAUGUUCGGGACGUUCAACGACAUCACCAUUGACCUUGAAGCCAACGAAGGAGCUUGUGACUUCAUACGGCGAAAAAUUGAUCAGAUAGUCGAGGAUCCGGAGAAGGCACGCAAGCUGAAGCCUCACGACGUGUAUGCGCGCCGACCGCUUUGCGACGGCAACGCCUCCAACGGCCAGAAGUACUUCGAGCAAUUCAACAGACCAAAUGUGGAUAUCGUCGACCUGAAAGAGACGCCCAUCGCAGGAAUUGAGCCGGCAGGCGUCCGAACUUCCGAUGGUAGACUGCACGCACUGGAUCUGCUCAUCUUCGCCACUGGUUUUGACGCGGUCGAAGGCAACUAUACGCGCAUCGCAAUCCACGGCCGGUCUGGGAGGUCGCUGAAGGAUGCUUGGGAUGAGACCGGGCCGACCAGCUACCUCGGUGUCAGCAUGCCCGGGUUUCCCAACCUGUUCAUGAUCAAUGCACCCAAAGGCGCCUUCACGAACCAGCCGCCGGCGAUCGAGGCGCAGGUUGAGUUCAUCACCGGUCUGAUAGAGCGAGCAGAGCAGGCGAACGCGCAGAUCGUUGAGCCCACGGAUGAGGCGGAGAGGGAGUACUCGAAGCUUUGUGAAGACUUGGCUGCGAAGAGUCUGUUCUGGAAAGCGGAGGACAAUUGGAUCUUCGGAGCCAACAUACCAGGCAAGAAGCGUUGCCUAAGAUUCUUUUUUGGCGGCCUGCAAAUGUACAGGGAGAAAUUAGUGGAAUGCAGGGAUCAAGGGUACGCUGGCUUCAAGCCGCUGUUGUAA